AUGCAGGAACUGCUGUCUGAAAUCGCCAAAGUUGCUGAAGCCAGUCCGGACAAGGGUGAGGUCGCAACCUACAUCCCUGAACUGGCCGGCGUGAAUCCCGACCAGUUCGGAAUAGCCGUCGCGUUUGAGGACGGCCGCCUCCUGACAGCGGGUGACGCUGAAGUUCCGUUUUCCAUCCAGUCGGUUUCAAAAGUGUUCGCACUUGCUCUUGCACUUGGCCGCGUCGGAGAUCAGCUUUGGUAUCGCGUCGGUCGGGAACCUUCCGGUCUUUCCUUCGAUUCAAUCCUCCUGCUGGAGCGUGAAGACGGGAUACCGCGCAAUCCCUUCAUCAAUGCUGGUGCCCUCGUGACGACGGAUACCUACCUUGCCGGGUCCAAUCCCCGCGAAGCGCUUGGUGAAUUGCUGGGAUUCAUCCGUGCGGCCGCCGACGAUGACAGCAUCCACAUCAAUGAAAAUGUUGCGCAAUCGGAGUUGACCACCGGGCACCGGAAUUUCUCCCUUGCGCAUUAUCUGGCUUCUUGCGGCAACCUGCGGUCAUCCGUCGACAAGGUUCUGGGGACCUCUUGUCACCAGUGCGGCAUUGAAAUGAGUUGCCGGCAACUGGCCAUGGCAGGCCGGUUUCUGAUCGAAUCAGCAAAUAUGCCGCCGCUGGUUGCGGCACUGCGGCGGCGUCGCAUCAACGCGAUGAUGAUGACCUGCGGUCACUAUGACGGUUCGGGCGACUUCGCAUUUCGCGUGGGGCUUCCCGGCAAAAGUGGCGUUGGGGGUGGAAUACUGGUGAUCGCACCCGGCCGGGCAUCGAUUGCCGUCUGGUCGCCGGGCCUCAACCGCUACGGCAACUCCAAGCUGGGAACCGAGGCAAUGGAAAUGUUCGCAAAACGCACCGGUUGGUCCGUUUUCGGAUAG